AUGGAUCAUCAUGAUAGUAGUCGAGAAGUUGGAGGAAGAGGAGGUAUUAUUCGAUUUACCACUACUACUCCAUCGGAUAUAGGGUUACAAAGUAGUAAACUGUUAGAAUUGCAUCGUGGUGCUCCUUAUGGGUUACCUAGACAAACUGUGAAUGGUUUGGUGAGUAAUACCGCCGCCUGGGAUAAGGAAUCAUUUGUCAUAUAUAAUCCUAGUAAUGGAGAAACAUCUCCUUGGAUUAAAACUACUGCAGCUUUAGAAGCAACUGAAUAUUAUAGACCUCGCGAAGUUGGCUGCAUUCCAUUUGGAUUUGAUCCAACCAGAGAAGAACAUAAAGUCAUUUGUUUAUCAUAUCCGAGAAAAUGUAAUUUCCCGGAAUUUGAAGUCUUGACUAUCGAUAAAAAUACAUGGACGGGUAGUGGCGAAAAUAUAUGGAGAAGACUACCUGACGAUGUAUUUUCCUGUGCAAGUUGGGAAGACGCACUUAGGUCUUGGUUGGCGGAUCCAGGAGUGUAUGUAAACGGUUCUAUAUAUAGGUUGCUCCCGGGGGAAGGAUGGGAAGUUAUAAUGUUAACGGAAUUUGAUGUUUUAAAGGAAAAGUUACAGUAUCAUUCAAUCAACGGAGUAGAUCCACUAUCUACACUUCAGUUAAUGGAAUUCGAUGGACGUGUUGGCAUAUUGAAACGUAUAUCGGAUUAUGAAGCCUCUGUAAUGAUAUGUAAUAACAUAGACGGGAUGGAACGGUACAAUUGGAUUGAAGAGACUAUCUCAUUACCUUGUGCAUGUACUGUUGGUAUGUAUCAAUGA